AAAACCAAAAGUGAAACCACUCCACUCUUUCGUUUCGGAACUCCAAAAAAAUAAAGAAAAAUUAAAUCUACGCGAGCGAACAAGGACGAUACACAGCACUAAUAAACCCUAGCUUUUAUGCUUUUAUUUAUUUUCAAAGUAAGAUGAAUGUCUUUAAUCAGUGUAGGCGUAGUUGUUGUUAAAAUAUAUUAUGUUGAUGAAGGCGACGGAGACGAGGAAGAAGACGACGUGGAGUACAUGGGAGGAGCUUCUGUUGGCGUUUGCCGUGAAGCGGCACGGCCUCAGGGACUGGGACUCGGUAGCCAUGGAGCUCCAGAACCGGUGCUCCAUACCGGCCGUUAUCACCGCUCAAAUAUGUAAGGACAAAUACCACGACCUCCACCGCCGUUUCAUGAAUAACGACGCGGCGGAUGGUGAUGCGGAGGGCGGCCGUGUUGGCGGCGUCGGUGGCAUCGCUAUUCCUUGGCUCGAGGAGUUGCGGCAACUCCGCGUCGCCGAGCUCAAACAGGAGGUCCACCGCUACGAUCUUUCGAUCCAGUCGUUGCAGUUGAAAGCGAAGCGUCUGGAGGAGAGAGAACAGAGCUUUAGGGAGAGCAAAGACGUGUCCGUGGAACCAGAUCUGGAGGAUGACCGGAAGGAGCAGAGAUCGGAAAAUGACGAGAACAACGGCGGACGGGAGACGUCUGCCGGAAAGGACGUCUCCUUCUCCUGCAAGGACUCUGACCGCGAGAACCGGUCUUUCAACGAGUCGAAUUCCACGGAGAAUAGGCGAACCGGUGAGAAGCUCGGACCGGAUUCGGUCCCGAUUAAACCGGAUCCAGAGGCGAAACCGGUUUGGGAGGAGGACUCGUGUAACGAUAGUUCCGAUACGCACAAGGCAUCCAAAAGGAAAACAGACGCCGACGCCGAGUUGCGUGACUCGGUGAGCGAGUCCAAGGAGGGGACAAAGGAGAGCAGCGACGUUCAAAGCUCUGCCAGCCUGACGGAGAGAAGGCGUAAGCGAGCUGAUGCCGGCGGGGAAAGGGCGGCGGCGGCGGCGGCGUCUCCGUCUCCUCCGGCCGUCUCCGCAAAACGAGGCGGCGCAGUGAAACCAGAGGCGUUGGUUGGGCUUUUAGAUAUUAUCCGGUCGCACAAACACGGCCAGGUGUUCCAACGCCGCUUCGAUAGUCAGAAAACAGAGGAUUACAAGAAAGCAAUUCGGCGACACGUGGAUCUUGAAACGGUUCAAGCCCGGAUUGAUGACGGGUCUUAUUCUUCCUGCCCCACCAGAUUCUACUUGGAUCUCUUACUGCUAUUCAACAAUGCCAUUGUCUUCUUCCCCAAGUCAUCUCCGGAGUCAACAGCAGCACAUCAACUCCGUGACCUUGUCAUGAAAGAGUUGAAGAAGAAGAAGAAUCAAAUAACGUCUACUGAACCCUCACCGGAACCGUCCUCCACAAAGGUUCAGCAGCCUAAACUCGAACUGGAAAGGUCUGAUUCUUUGCUUGCGAAGCACAAGUCUACGGCCCCUAUAGUUGUGUGCCGGAAGAGAAGUUCAAUCUCAGGAGGCAAAACUGCCACUUCUGGUAACAAGCAAGGAAAACUGUCGGAUGAAAAGCCUAAGCCUCCUCUCGGUCAGAAACUGGCCGUCAAGUCUUCUUCAAGCAAUGCGGACGAAGAUGGUAGUUCGACAAAGCUGAAGAUUAAAGAAAAGCCUGUGACGGGCGUAAGGAGCACGAGGAGGAGCAGCAAAGGAAACCCCAAUCCUUCACAAUCUACAGCGAAACAAACCGGUGGGGAAGCUGCGAAAACAGAUAAGAAGGAAGAAGUGAUUACCACAGACAAGAAGCGUGGCGCAGCCGAUUUCUUGAAACGGAUGAAGAAGGAUUCACAAGGCACAAUGGCGGUGGUCUCAGUGAAGAACUCUUCCGACGACGGUAAAGCUAGCAGUAGAAGAGAGCAACAAAAGAGAAAGCAGCAGGCAACUGAGGAGAGGAAAGACGGACCGGUGAGGCGGAGUAGUGGCGGUGGAAAUGGGAAGAAAGAGGCGGCAGCAGAGGAGAGUAGCCCGGCAAAGAGGAACGUGGGGAGGCCACCUAAGAGAGGGAGGGACGCUGCUGCUGCUGCUGCGCCGGAGAAGCGUGGGAAAGAAACUAGUGCUGACAAAGAAGAUUCCUCAAAACGACCAAAGAAACGCACCAGGAGGUAAAAUCAAUGGGAAAUGGCGUAGGAAUUUAAUUUUAGUUAGUGUAAAUAAAUUAUUAUUUUAAGUGGAACUGUACAUUAGGGGGGUGGGUCAGGUGCUUCUUUUGCUUUUGGAAUGACCAGACCGGAUUCUAGGGUUAGUCAUUGUAGGAUUUCCUCCAGUUUCUACUAGAUAAAAUUUGUUUAAAUUCUCAUACCCCAAAA